GAGGAACGCCGUCUCCCUUGUCACGAUUUCCAGAUCGCGAUCCAUGGAAACACGAGGCUUCGAUCGCACGAUCCGCCGGCAGAGAAUCGAAGAAUCCUUCGCGGAAGAUUCGGAUAAGUACCAGGAGAGGACAUCGUCGCACUGUGAUCCAUCAUGGCUGUGGAAUCGAGAUGGAUGCCGUGUCAGCUGAAAAUCGAGCCGAACAUCUGCAGCUGCGACUACGACGGCAUAAUCCUGAUAUCGGGUUGCGCGCCGGGUUUCGACGAGCCGGAGCCUUUCAAAACUGUUUUAUACAGCGCUGCCCAGAUCGAUUCCGCCCUGGGCGUGAUAGGUGCGGUUUUGCCAAUCAAUUUGCCCGCGAAAAGGCUCAUUUACAGUCCGACAGGCCCGCUCAACAUGGAUUAUCACGACGUGCGGAGCUUCGCCGAGGCGGCAAUUAAAGGUGUCCAAAGAGCACUGAAAGCUGGAGUUAGGUGUCCGUUGCUAGCUCUCCUGCCGGAUAUCCGCUUCGAGAAUGUCGAGCUCGUCACGCUUUUGGGAGCCCUCGAAGGACUCUACGUGCCGUUGGAGGUGCGAGAAACAUGCCCGGACCGGUGUUACAAGGCGUGUCAACUGUCUGUCUGGAGUCCGAUUUGCAGUAAGAAGCUUCAGGGUAUCGUGAAGUUGGCCUCGGCUCUCGAGAGCGGAAGAUACGUCGCGAGGGACAUCGGUGGUGCGGAUCCGGAAAGAAUGGCGCCACCCAGGAUGGAGGAGUACCUCGCCGAGCUAUUUUGCGGCUCGAACGUGACGAUGCAAGUGGUGUCCGACCAGGACACUCUACUCCAGGAGUAUCCUUUGUUCGCUUGCGUGAAUCGCGCAGCUUCGAUGAUACCCCGCCACGCGGGCAGGAUAAUCUUCCUGACCUACGAGCCACCUAAUCCUGCCUGCGUCUUGGAGACGGUGAUGCUCGUGGGAAAGGGUGUCACUUACGACACCGGCGGCGUCGACCUCAAGAUCGAGGGCACUAUGUGCGGUAUGUCGAGGGACAAAUGUGGGGCGGCGGCGUGUGCUGGAUUCAUGCAGGUUGUGAACCUAUUGCAACCGCCGACUGUGAAAGCGGUGGCGGCUUUGUGCGUGGUGAGGAACAGCAUCGGGGAGAAUUCUUACGUCUCCGACGAGGUGAUCACCGCGAAAGCCGGGGUUAGAGUACGUGUCGGGAAUACGGACGCGGAAGGUAGAAUGGCGAUGGCCGAUGCUCUAUGUCACAUCCGAGAAAUGGCCCUGUGCUCGGUUAAUCCGCACAUUUUCACCAUCGCCACGCUGACCAACCAUGCGAUACUCACCGUUGGACGUGGAUACUCGAUCGUCAUGGACAACGCUGUCUCGCGUUUAGUCAGCAACGCGGAGAAGCUUCAAGCAUCCGGCGAGACGAUGGGAGAUCCUUUCGAGAUCUCGAGGAUACGCAGGGAGGACUUUCAUUUCCACGAAGGUCGGACCGAAGGCGACGACAUACUUCAAUCGGUGAACAAGUCGACGAAGAAAACGGAAAGGGGACAUCAGGGUCCGUCCGCGUUCUUGAUCAUGGCUUCCGGCUUAGACAAGCACGGUGCCUGUAGCUGUGCUCCCUUAAAAUACACGCACAUCGAUAUAAACGGACAUCUACCCAGACCUCACCAGCUACCCUACAGUGGCAACCCUGUCCUGGCUUUGUCCUACUGCUACCUCAUUCAAGGCAAGUGUCUCACCGUUCGAAACGACCUACCGUUCGAGAUGCAAUACGUCUGCGAAGUGGACUGCAAGCCGGUGUGCAUUCAACCCUGUCAACCCUGUCCGUGUCCACCGAUGGCGGAGGCAAAGAUAUCCUGCGUUUCUGGAAAUUGUUCCUGCUGUGCUCAGUGUCCACAACAAUGUGAUCCUUGUUGUCCUAUGCCCUGUCCACCUGCACCAUGUCCACCUGUACCUUGUCAGCCAUGUCCUCCUUGUCCUCCAUGUCCUCCAUGUCCACCAUGUCCACCAUGUGGAGAACCAGUAAACGUUGUCGAACCCAUCUGUAGGCCGAACGUACAGAAAGGGAUAUGCUGAAGAUACGUUGUUUAUUAGUAAUUUUCAAGAUUUUGGAAAUAAAUUUUUUAUACGUA